AUGUACUGUCUUCAAUGGUUGAUACCAGUGUUACUAAUACCAAAACCACUGAAUCCUGCACUAUUGCAGACGCAUGUCAUGUUCAUGGUUCUAUACUUGACUGGAUUCUUUUUGGAACGGAAGCCGUGCACCAUAUGCAGCAUAGUAUUCUUAGUAGCUGUGUUCCUGAUAUGUUACAGCGGGUAUGGCAAUUGUAUAUUCUUCAGCAGCAACUGUGAUUCUGUACAGUGUGAUAACGGUUAA